AUGGCAAUUUGCUCUUCCUACGCCACACAAACAAGUUGGCUUCCGCAUCCACUGUUCGCUAUUAAUAUCGACAAUAUCCAUAGCAACAGACACGGGAGCACCACAACUGUAUACGACCUUAAUGCAGAUAUCGACAUGCGCCGAUUUGACGCCAUCUUUGACAAGUAUGCAGAGGGGAAGAGCUACUUGACAAUAAGAACCCUGUACAACGUAUGGGCCGGGCAAUGCUGCGCCAACGAUUGGUUUGGCUGGUUUGCUGGAGCUUUGGAGUGUGAUGGCAGGAUGAAGAAGAUUGAUAUACUGGGCGUAUUUGAUGGCGGUAUAUUCAGCAAAAUAGCUAAUGAGCGUGUCAUGGCACGUAUCUAG